AUGGUGGCCGGAGCCAACAUGGAGUCCUUAGUAGGAUAAGGGUGAAACUGCUGUUGCUGGCUGCUCCUGUUCUUCCCCCCAUCAUGUUGGUGCACUUAUUUCGGGUCGGGAUUCGGGGAGGUACUGUCCUAGGCAGGCCGCUACUCCCCCUCCGCUUCCAGACAUUCUCGACCGUCAGGCACUCUGAUGGCCGCCACAGCUCCUAUCUCCUCAGGGCUGUGGCCCAGCUGCGGUCCCAGCUCCGGGCUCGCCUCCCUCAAGUGCCACCGGGUCCAGGUCGAAGCCCCUCUUCCUGGUGCUGGGUUGGGGGAGCCCUCCUGGGCCCCGUGGUGCUGAGUAAGUGCCCCCGCCUCUGCCUUGUGGCGCUGUGUGAGGCAGAAGAGGCCCCUCCUGCCUCCAAACCCUAUGACGUGGAGACCCGCUUUAACUGGAAGCUCUUCUGGCAGUUUCUGCGCCCCCACCUGCUGAUCCUGGGGGCAGCCAUCGUGCUGGCACUGGGUGCGGCACUGGUGAAUGUGCAGAUCCCGCUACUCCUGGGCCAGCUGGUGGAGAUUGUGGCCAAGUACACGAGGGACCACAUGGGCAACUUCCUGAAAGAGUCCCGGAGUCUCAGCACCCACCUGCUCCUCCUCUACGGCCUCCAGGGAUUGCUGACCUUUGGGUACCUGGUGCUCCUGUCCCGCAUCGGUGAGUGCAUGGCUUUGGACAUGCGGAGGGCCCUCUUCAGCAACAUGCUCCGACAAGACAUUGCUUUCUUUGAUGCUAAAAAGACAGGGCAGCUGGUGAGCCGAUUGACAACUGACGUGCAGGAGUUUAAAUCGUCCUUCAAACUUGUCAUCUCCCAGGGGCUUUGAAGCUGCACCCAGGUGGUUGGCUGCCUGGUGUCCCUGUCCAUGCUGUCCACACGCCUCACGCUGCUGAUGUUGGUGGCCAUGCCCUCCCUGAUGGGAGUUGGCACCUUGAUGGGCUCAGCUCUCCGAAAAUUGUCUCGCCAGUGUCAGGAGCAGAUAGCCAGGGCAACAGGUGUAGCGGAUGAGGCCCUGGGUAAUGUUCGGACUGUGAGAGCCUUCGCCAUGGAGCAGCGGGAAGAGGAACGCUACGGAGCAGAGCUGGAAGGGUCCCGCUGUAAGGCAGAGGCACUGGGCAGAGGCAUCGCCCUGUUCCAGGGGCUCUCCAUCAUCGCCUUCAACUGCAUGGUCUUGGGCACCCUCUUUAUUGGGGGUUCCCUCGUGGCUGGACAGCAGCUGACCGGGGGAGACCUCAUGUCCUUCCUGGUGGCCUCCCAGACGGUGCAGAGGUGAGUGUGGGCGGCCCCCUUCCUCAGCAGCGCUGUGGGCUGAAGGGCGCGUGCCCCCUGCUGCUCCCCUGAAGCACAGGCCCUCCUCCCCGAGCGCCCUCCAGCCUGCUUCACUGACUCCACUCAGAGAUGCAGCUGUCAGGUCAGCCUUCCAAACCACUCAGGGGCUUUAAGACAUUUUUUGGUUAAUCCUGACCCAAGAAUAUGUUUUCAACUGAUUUUUAGAGAGAGUGGAAG